UUAUAUGAUAUUACGGUAAUAAUUCCAGCAAAUUCAGAUGAUAAUGCGAAUUCAGGAUUUAAAUGUACCCAUAUUAAAUUUCCAAAUUAUCAGAUGCAAAGUCAACGUAAAUCUUGUGGAUCAGAAUUGCUGAUGAAGAAUCAAAUAUCAUCGAUGUAUCAAAGACCAGGAUUUGAAUCACUCUUGAAUAAAUGGGUCAACCGGGAUACUGAAACUG